AUGGGUGUACAUGGGCUUGAGGAAGCUUGCCUCGUAACCGCCUACCAACUCGCGCGCAACCUCCCUCACUCUACGCAUCGCAUCAAGAUCAUAGAACAACAUCCCAAGUCGUCCCAAGACAACUAUGGACGCGCCAUCACCCUCUUCCCAAGAACGACUGAGAUGCUCGAUCAACUUUCUCUGGCUGAUUCCCUUGCUCAGCAGUGUUUUGCUUGUCGCGAAACAGUGAAUUACGAUAAGCAUGGCAACGAGGUCGAAGGAAGAGGCUGGGCGUUCAUGGAGAAUAUGAAGGAUACCAAGUGGGACUUCGCGUUGGUGCUACGUCAGAAGUACCAAGAAGAGGUGUUUAGGAAAGCUUUGGCUAGGGAGGGGGUACAACUCGAUGCGCCGUAUACCCUGGUGGGCAUCGAGCUUAUAGAAGGAGUAGAAAUGGGCGGGUACCGUGUACUGGCUACUAUGGAACAUGGCGAGACCAAGGUGAAGAGCGUAGUCAGAUGUCGAUAUCUGGUUGGCGCAGACGGUGGGCGGUCUUUCGUACGACGAGCCAUGAACAUACCAUUCGACGGCUCAUCCAGCGAAGACAAGUGGGUACGCGUCGACGGCGUCAUCGAAACCGACCUCCCCAAGCCACGAACAUACUGCGCCAUCGAAUCGCCGACACACGGAAACGUCCUCUGGGCCGCAUUGGACCGAGGGGCAACACGGAUAGGAUUCGCGUUCACAGCGGAGCGUCAGAAAGCAUACAAGGUGUUUGACGAAGAAGCCGCCGUCAAAGAAGCCAUCGCAUCCGUCAAGCCGUUCAACCUUAAGUUCAAGCAGGUGGACUGGUGGACCAUCUACGUUGUGGGGCAGCGUAUCGCGCGCUCGUUCUUCGUGAAUGACUGCAUCUUCCUCGCCGGCGACGCUUGUCACACCCAUAGUUCGGGUGCAGCCCAAGGUAUGAACACAGGUAUGCAUGAUGCAGUAAACCUAGGCUGGAAGCUCUCCCUCGUUCUCCAAGGACUCGCCAAACCCGAUCUGCUGCACUCGUACGAAGCAGAGCGACUGCCCAACGUCCAGAGAUUGAUCAACUACGACAAAGACAUCUCGCGUCUCAUGACAAUGCAAUUACCCGAGGGCUGGACAGGCGACCCGAACGCCGACCCGAACGAAGUACUAGGCAUAGUCAUGGCCGAAGCAGCGACAUUCAGUAGCGGACUGGGCAUCUACUACGAGCCAGACUCCUAUCUCAACUUCACGCAGAGUUCGGGUGUAUCGUCCGUACAGCCUGGUCAACGCGCACCGGAUGUCCCGUUACAGAAACCAGCAACUUUUGAAACUACGCGAUUACAGACCGAGGCACCGAAUACGGCGACGUUUUAUGUUACGCUCUUCGCUGGUGAGGUAGCUCACACGAAACUCGCUUUAUCGUCAUUCACAGCAGCAGUCUCUCGACUUGCUUGGCUUCACGAUCCGGAUAUUCCGAUAUCAUGUCUUUCUAUUAUCGCAUGUCCCGGUGGGCCAUCGGCCUAUGAGACGCUGGGCGGUAUGCCGUUCGGUCGUGUAUUCUACGACCAGGACCGUAGUGCGCACAUGCGCUAUGGUGUUGCUACCGAGAACGGAGCCGUGGUGGUGUUGAGACCUGAUGGGUGGGUAGGCACAGCCAUUCAGUUGGAUGGAGAUGCGGCGCUGAAGCUGGAGAGGUACUUUGGCCGGUUUCUGCUCGCUGCAGUGGCGGGUAGCAAGGCUGGGGCGAAGCUGUAG